AUGGCAUCUCUCGAGGGAACAACAGUACUCGUGACGGGCGGGGCCGGCGGCCUCGGCAAGGUGAUUGCGACAACCUACCUAGAGGCGGGCGCCAACGUGGCCAUUUGCGACGUCAACGAGGCGCGCCUGGCCUCGACGCGUGAGGAGCUCGAGUCGACGGGCCGGUUCCUGGCCACCAAGACGGACAUCACCGACGAGGCGGCCGUGGACGCGCUCGUCGACGAGGUCGUGGCCAAGUUUGGCCGUCUCGAUAUCCUCGUCAACAAUGCCGGCAUCAUGGACAUCUUUGAUCCCGUCGGUGAGCUCAGCAAGGACCGCUGGGACAAGAUUCUGGGCGUCAACCUUACCGGCAGCUUUCUGUGUAUGCGCGCCGCCGUGAAGGCGUUUGAGAAGCAGGAGCCGGUUGGUGGUACCAUUAUACAAAUUGGCAGUGCAGCCUCGAAUUUGGGCACCUGCGCAGGCGCCGCCUACACAGUGAGCAAGCACGGCGUGGCGGGGCUGGUCAAGAGCACGGCAGGCUUUUACGGCGACAAGGGCAUCUACGCCAUUGCGCUGCUGCUCGGCGGCAUGAGCGACACCAACAUUGGCGAUGCGGCGGGCGGUUUCGGUGGCUUCAACGCCACGGCCUAUUCCAGGUCGGCUGCUGCCACAUUCAAGCCCGAGGAAGCCGUGCCGCUGCGCGAUGUGGCAAAGUACUGCGUCUUCUUGGCUGAUCGGUCCAUCGCCGCCACGGCCAAUGGUAGCUGUGUGCCGUUUGCCAGGAAUUGGCCCAGGCAGUAG